UAGAGGUGAUAACAAAAAGUCUUAAAAUAGAUGCUUGUAUGUUAACCAUAGGCCACAUACCAAGGAAAGAGCUCCCAAAUGGAACGGGUAACCACCGAAACCUUGAAGUAAUCUCUUCAUUCCCAGUCAUCCCUCAUAAUGCUCCAUUUCCCAUACUCAACAAAACCUCUAUUCUCCUCAUGUUUAAGGACAAAACUUGCAUUUGGACUUCAAAAAAUAAACAAUCAACAACAACUACAUAUGGAACGUUUUUAAAGAUUUUAACUGUUCCAUUGUAGUCAUUAGUAUUCUAUAGGAAGAGUAAUUUGAUUUUCAUUUUUCCCUUUACAUAAAUUGUUGGCCUCCGUACGUGAUUGUGACAGGAAAACAUGGCGGCGGCAAUAGGAAUGAUGCCUAACAAGACGGAAGACACGAUCGUCUGUUAUGCGCCCACCAUGAUAACCACGAACGGUAUCUGGCAGGGCGAUAACCCUUUGGAUUACUCUCUUCCUCUGUUCAUCUUGCAGCUCACUUUGAUUGUGGUCACCACUCGCAUAUUGGUUGUCCUCCUCAAACCCUUUCGCCAACCUCGAGUUAUCUCUGAAAUCAUGGGUGGUGUGUUACUGGGUCCAUCAGUACUCGGACGCAACGCAAGAUUUUCCAACUCGAUAUUUCCUCUGAGAAGUGUGAUGGUGCUUGAGACAAUGGCAAACGUUGGUCUCCUUUACUUCCUCUUCCUGGUUGGAGUGGAGAUGGACCUUUCAGUUGUUAGGCGAACAGGGAAAAAGGCCCUUGCCAUUGCGAUUGCUGGGAUGGUCUUGCCAUUCAUAAUUGGCGCCUGCUUCUCUUUCAUUCUUCAUAAAAAGGACGAGAGCAUGACACAAGGCACUUAUAUACUCUUUCUCGGUGUAGCCCUCUCUGUCACUGCGUUUCCAGUGCUUGCCAGAAUCCUUGCAGAGCUCAAACUGAUCAACACCGAGCUUGGCAGGAUUGCCUUGUCCGCUGCUCUCGUAAAUGACAUGUGUGCUUGGAUUCUCCUCGCUUUGGCCAUUGCCUUGGCUGAGAACCAUGCCACCUCCUUGGCCUCCCUCUGGGUGAUACUUUCAAGUGCAGCUUUCGUUGCCUUCUGUGUUUUGAUUGUACGACCCAUUAUAUCAUGGAUGGUCCGAAGAACGCCAGAGGGGGAAAGCUUCAGCGAGUUCAAUAUAUGUCUCAUUCUCACCGGAGUCAUGAUCUCAGGAUUCAUCACAGACGCCAUUGGAACUCAUUCUGUUUUUGGGGCUUUUGUGUUCGGCCUAGUUAUACCAAAUGGGCCUCUUGGGGUUACUCUUAUAGAAAAGCUAGAGGAUUUUGUUUCAGGGCUUCUGCUCCCUCUCUUCUUUGCAAUAAGUGGGCUUAAGACUGAUGUAUCAACAAUCCAAUCAGUUGGAACCUGGGGAUUCUUAAUGCUUAUCAUAUUUCUUGCCUGUGCUGGCAAAAUUGCUGGAACUCUCCUUGUUGCGAUGUAUUACCAGAUGACAAUUCACGAAGGAUUCACUCUUGGUUUGCUCAUGAACUCCAAAGGCCUCGUUGAAAUGAUAGUUCUUAAUGUUGGAAGAGAUCAGAAAGUCUUGGAUGAUGAGUCCUUCGCAAUUAUGGUUAUUGUAGCAGUAAUAAUGACCGGAAUUAUAACGCCAGUUGUAACAUCAAUAUACAGGCCAGCAAGGAGGUUCAUACCUUACAAACGGCGAACGAUUCAAAGGUCAAAACCAGACGCUGAGUUACGAGUACUGGUCUGCAUCCACACCCCUCGAAAUGUGCCAACAAUCAUCAACCUUCUUGAAGCUUCGCACCCCACUAAAAAGUCUCCUAUAUGUGUCUAUGUUCUCCAUUUGGUUGAGCUCACUGGUCGUGCAUCUGCAAUGCUCAUAGUUCACAACACGAGGAAAUCCGGCAGGCCAGCUCUUAAUAGAACACAGGCCCAGUCGGAUCACAUCAUCAAUGCCUUUGAAAACUAUGAGCAACAUGCCGGUUGUGUCACCGUCCAGCCUCUCACUGCCAUUUCUCCUUACUCCACCAUGCAUGAAGACAUUUGCAACUUGGCUGAGGACAAGCGUGUAGCCUUCAUUAUCAUUCCUUUCCACAAACAGCAAACGGUUGAUGGUGGAAUGGAGGCUACAAACCCAGCAUUCCGGAUGGUGAACCAGAAUGUACUAGCUAAUGCACCUUGCUCAGUUGGCAUUCUUGUUGACAGAGGGCUAAGUGGCUCCACACGCUUGGCUGCAAACCAGGUGACUCAUCAUAUAGCAGUGAUAUUCUUCGGCGGACCAGAUGACAGAGAGGCACUGUCUUAUGCUUGGAGAAUGUCCGACCAUCCAGGGACAAGCCUCACAGUACUGCGCUUCAUUUCGGGUGAUGAUGAUUCUUCUGCGGAGCAGCCUCGUGACAAUCCGAACGACCCAAGGAUGUUAACAGUGGAAACAGAUGAUGCAAUGGAAAGGCAUCUGGAUGAUGAGCUCAUAAAUGAUUUCAGGACAAAAACCAUGAACGAUGAGUCAAUUGUGUACAGUGAGAAGCUGGUGAAUAAUGGAGAGGAGACAGUGGCGGCAAUAAGGUCAAUGGACAAUAUUCACGACUUGUUCAUAGUUGGAAGAGGACAAGGAAUGAUAUCACCUCUUACAGCAGGACUCACGGAUUGGAGUGAGUGCCCAGAACUUGGUGCCAUUGGGGAUCUGCUAGCAUCAUCGGAUUUUGCAGCAACAGUAUCAGUGUUGGUUGUACAGCAGUAUGUUGGCAUUGGGCCAAAUGAGUACAUUGGACAACCUGACAGCCCAGGACAACCGGAUGAACAAUUUAGCAGUAUGCAGAAUACGAACCGCAGGCCACCACCAAGGGGACAAAAUGUAUUCAACUCUUAAAAGGAUAGCACUUGUGAAGCCCCAGCAAACAAAAAAAAAAACUCGGAUAAUAGAAAAUAUGAAAAUGCAAUUUUUUUUAUGUAAUGCGCCUUUUGUUGACAGUGAUCUCAUACAAUCUAAAACUAGCUUCAUUUCCAUUUAAAACUAAUUAGAGCCAUUUUUUUCUUCUUUUUUGUAUUUCUCUUGUCCUCUUUCUAGAAUGAAAGGCAUUUUACUCAUGUAUUUUAAUUUGUAGCAAAAUCAUACUGG